AUGGCGACUGUAAGCAGCAAUGAAGCUCAGGACGAGAACGAAAUGUUGCUAAAGAAAGAAGAAGGGCAGAAGGAAGAAAUAGAGAACACGAAAAAGAAAGAGUGCAAACUGGUUCUGUAUCACUGGACUCAGUCUUUCAACUCGCAGAAGGUCAGGCUGGCGAUUGCUGAGAAAGGUCUGAAAUGUGAGGAGUAUGACGUGAGUUUGCCGCUGAGUGAACAUAACGAGCCCUGGUUCAUGCGCCUGAGCCCCACGGGAGAAGUUCCUGUGCUCGUCCACGAUGACCAGAUCAUCUGUGAGCCCACCCAGAUACUGGACUACCUGGAGCAGACCUUCCAGGAUGAGAAGACUCCGAGGUUGAUCCCAGAAGUGGGCAGUACGUAUUAUCACAGAGUUCAGCACUACAGAGAGCUGCUGGACUCGCUGCCCAUGGACGCGUACACACACGGCUGCAUCCUCCACCCGGAGAUCACUGUGGACUCUCACAUCCCGGCUUACGCCACCACACGCAUACGCGCUCAGAUUGGCAGUAUGGCGUCAGAGCUGAAGAAACUGGCAGAAGACAAUCCAGAGCUUAAAGAUGCUUACAUCGCAAAACAAAGGCGCCUGAAAACGAAGCUGUUUGACCACGAUAAUGUGAAGUUCCUGAAGAAGAUUCUGGAUGAGCUGGAGAACGUUAUGGACCAGGUGGAGACAGAGCUGCAGAGGAGAGCAGAGGAAACACCAGAGGAGGGCAGUCAGCAGGCCUGGUUGUGCGGGGAGUUUUUCAGCAUGGCUGACGUUUCUCUCGCUGUCACUCUUCACCGGCUGAAGUUCCUGGGUCUGUCCCGCCGUUACUGGGGUAACGGCACACGAGUCAAUCUGGAGACUUAUUACGAACGAGUCCUUGACCGGCCCACUUUCCGCAGGGUUCUCGGACACGUCAAUAACAUCCUGAUAUCUGCCGUGCUGCCCACUGCGUUCAGAGUGGCCAAGAAAAGAGCGCCAUCCUUUAUAGGCAUGACUGUACUGAUCGGGAUGCUGGGAGGUGCCACAUAUUUCGCUUUUCACUAUUUCAAAAGACGCCUGCUGGUGUCCUGAAGCAGCUGCAGCGAUUCACUCACUACCAUUUUACUUAAUGGCCUCAUUGGUUUAAUUAGCAAUCCUAUGCAUACAGUUGUGAAGAAUGUUGCACAUUUAGCACUUUUCACUCAUAGCUGACCCAUCAGUAGUCUUUCAUGUUAACCGUUUUCUACAUUGGACAAGUUUUAGAGAAGAUUGGCAAAAACCCCAUUCAUCCCAAGGAUCAUGUGACUUUUUUUUGUUGAGUUAGUUUAAAUUGCUACACUAUCGAGAUGCACAGUGUUGUUGUAGCUAAUCGCCACCAUGCUAAUGAUGCUUUUUUGUUGCAGACUAAUCAAACUUUUUUCUUCAGUUUAUUUCUGACAGGUUUGAGCACCUCACCCAUGCACACAAAACAACUGAAUCAUGGUCCGUCAAAAUCCGAGGGUCUUGUUCUGCUUCCAAAUGAAACCCUUAUUCAGUUCACGGCUGGUGGACACACAUUUUUGUGGUUGUCCACACCAAAAUGGGAAAAUACAAUAUCCGGGCAUGAUUUUCUGCUUCUACUAGAAGCUUGCCAACUUGCUUUAAAUUUAGACCCUUUUUCAGAUGCUCCUAUUGUUGUUGAUGCACAACCUGUUGCUAAUAAUGCCAGAUGAGCAAUAAAAUGAUUGCAUUUGAUGGAUCAAGGAUCAUAUUUUUUGUGGUUGGGCUAGGCAUAAGCCACCUCCAUGCAUCCCGAUUAUACAUUUUAUCAAGAAUAUAUCUGAAGGAUAGAUUUUAUCGUGUGUGCUAAAGAAGCAAGUAAAAUACAUUGUUUUUUUGGCACUAAUGGGAGCAAACAUGAAAGAGUUCCGGCAUCUUCGCCAAAUUCCUGACCAAUCAGAGAACACCCACAUGUAUAAUUAGGUCCAACCAAAUUAAAAAGAUACAAUUUCACAAUAAGUCAAACUCAGUGUGGACAUUAGAAAACAAAUGAGGUGUGAAAACAGCCUUAGUAUCAUAAUAUCAUAACCUAUUCUAACAGUGCGGCCUUUCACACACAUGCAAAGUACAUGAGUCAUGUUCUACAGUUUCUCACUAUGUUGAAUGGGAUUCCAACAGUGUUCUGUAAAGCUUGUCCAGUCUAGCAACAGUACAUAGGAAAGAACACAUUUGAGGAUGGAGCCUGGAUAGGAUAAUUAAGCAUGUGUUUUAAUAGUAGACAGCAGUUAACAGUCGAAUGGGACAAAACCACAUCCAUCAUGGCCUUUAACAGCUUGGUCAGUUCUGCUUUAUGUGCCAUAUUCAUUAAUGUAAAGGCUUCUUUUGUUUGUGCUGGUUUUCUCUUCCAUCUUACAUUGUGGUGACACUGUAUAUAAAAUGAUUGUGAUCUUAUGUACAGUAUGCUUAAAUUUAAAUGAUUUUAUAUUAUGACAUAGAAUACAUUUCUCUGUCGCUCUUGUUUAUUGAGGAUAAUAGAUACACAUUACACAUCAGUCUGUAUGCUGUAUUGCAUAAAUUAAAUAUAAUAAAAUACAUUUUAAUGUUA